AUGUUAGAUUUUCGUAAAUUGGCUUUUCAACUUGCCGAACAAAAUGGUUGCUCUCACCGUUUUAAUAAAGCUAAUAGAAUGGCUGGUCAGGAUUGGAUGAAUGGUUUUUUAUUAAGACAUCCAGAUUUGAGCUUAAGAAAACCUGAAGCAACUUCUGGUGCUCGUGCUAUGGGUUUUAAUAAAGUAACUUAUACUCAGUUCUUCAAUUUAUUAACUGGGUACAUUGAUAAAUAUAAGCUGAAUGCGAAUAGAAUAUAUAAUUGCGAUGAAACUGGUAUCACAGUAAAUCCAAAGGGACAGUCAAAAGUGUUAGCUACUAAAGGGAAAAGGCAGGUUGGCAUUUUAACAUCUGCUGAACGCGGAGAAACUGUGACUGCAGUAAUAUGCUUUUCAGCUAGCGAUGCGUAUGUCUCUCCAAUGUUAAUUUUCCCAAGAAAAAGAAAUCAACCACAUUUUUCUACUGGACUACCCCCUGGAUCGUGGGUUGAAUGUCAUGAAACAGGAUGGAUUACUUCUGAACUGUUUUUAAAAUGGUUCAUGAAAUUUAUUGAAUUUUCGAGAGCAACAAAAGAAGAUCCAGUUCUAUUACUUUUUUAUGGUCAUUCUUCACACACUAAAAAUCUUCCGGUUAUUAACGCAGCUAGAGAAAAUGGAGUUAUUUUACUAUGCUUUCCACCUCAUUGUUCACACAAAUUACAACCAUGUGACAUGUCAUUCAUGAAACCACUGAGCACAUAUUAUGAAGAUGGAGUUAGAAAAUGGCUCCGUUGUAAUCCAGGAAAAGUUGUUACUUUAGAAAAUAUUUCAUCAUUAUUUGGUGCAGCAUUCAUACAUGCUGCAAACAUGAAAACUGCAAUGAAAGGUUUUGAAGCAACUGGAAUAUGGCUUCCGAACAAUAAUGUUUUUAGUGAUGAAGAUUUUUUACCAUCUGUUGUAACUGACAUUGUACCGAGUAUUUCGUCGACUGAAAAGGAUGCUGUAGUAACUGAAAAACUAAAUAAUCAACAUUUAAACUUGGAAACGACAGAACAAACUACUGUUGUUUUCAAUGAACCAAAGUGUUCAUCGGUUCUUAAUGAUCAACCAAAUACAUUUCCGAUUGAAUCGCCUAAAAAUAUAUUACCUAUUCCUCAAGUGAAACAAACAGAAAAAAGAAAUUCAAGAAAGAGAGGUAAAACAGCUAUUUUAACGGAAUCGCCCUACAAGAAUAACUUGCAAAUGUCUUUGAAAAUGACCAAAAAAAAUAAAGAAUUCAAUCUUUACACAUCAAUACUGACAUCUGACAUCAAACUGUACCAGCAACGAACAAUGAAAUAUCAGUUAUACCAUUCGAGAUAG